GUAGUGUCAGAAUCGCGAACGGGAAGACGUAACGGGUUGUUCCCGUUCCUGUUUUUUUAUUUAAAUUAUUCGAUCCGACGAGCUUUUAUUCGUGACUUAUUUAUGUUUAAAAUAAUAUAAACCUAAGUAUAAGUGAUUAAAUAUAAAUGCAAUAUAAUGAUAAUGCCCUGUGGUUAACAAAUCGCUUAACAAGUUGGUGAAUGUUCUUAAUGGCGGCUGAGUGUCAGUGUACUAAAUACAAAAUGUUUGUGUAGUGUGUGAUCAAACUCAUUGGAUUAUAACGGUGUGAUGCCAGUUAGCACUGGGAGGGCGCGGCUCGGGCGCUCGGCGCGGUGAUGUCGGGCUCCUGAUGAGCCGGCUCCUCUGCUGCCUGCGCGCGCGCCGCCCCGACAUGGGCGCGGCUCUCUCGCACCCCCAGGACGGCGACCCGUGUGACGGCGGAGCGCCCGCGUCGCCACCCACGAUGGCUGAUGUCAUAAGGGAGCGCAAGAAGAAGGCGGGCGGCGCGGGGCUGGGCACGCUGCGGAGACGGAUCGCCGCUGCAGCCAGAAGACCGAGAGACUCGCGACCGGAUAGAGGAUGCGAGCACGCCCGCUUCAUCCGCUCCGUGGUGAGUUCUUGGCGGCUGGCGGAGGUGUUCCUGCUGUGCGAGGAGCUGGAGGCGGGCGCGGCGCUGCGAGACCUCGCCACGCAGGCGGAGCUGGCGCGCGAGCCCGCACCGGCGCUGCACGCGGACCUCGCGCGUCUCUACCGCGACCGGUGGUGGUGCGACGUGGAGAUCGUGGGUGCGGGGUGGUCGCUGCCGGCUCACCGGGUCAUACUCGCAGCGCGAUGCACGUACUUCCGGGAGCUGCUGAUGCGAUACCCCAACUCGUGCCGCGUGCCGCUGGAGGGCGUGGGCGGCGCGCUGUCCCGCGACGAGGUGGAGGCGAGCGUGCUGGCGCUGUACGCCGGGCCCGCCGCGCCCGCCGCCGCCGCCGCGCGCUGCGACGCCUGCGCCAAAUGGGAGAGAGGCUUGAACUCGGAGGCUGAGCUGGAUAUCAUCAGUGUCGAAAACUCGACGCUGCGGCGCGGCUGCGCGUGCGCGUGCGCGCGGGCGCGCGUGGACGCGCCGCGCCUGCGCCGCCUCGCCGAGCUGCUCGGGUUCGCGCCCGACGCGCUGCUGCGCGACAUGCGCUACCUGCUCGACUCGGGGGAGCUCUGCGACGCGCGGCUGUCGUGGGUGGUGGAGGGCGGCGGCGGGGGAGGGAACUCGUACGGGUUCCGCAGUGCCUUAGAGCUGCCGUGCCAUCGACUGCUGCUGGCCGCUAGGUCGAGGUUCUUCAGGAGCGUGAUGGCGCGGCGCGGGGCGGGCGGCGCGGGCGGCGCGGGCGGCGCGGGCGGCGCGGUGUGCGUGGACGAGAAGGUGCUGCCGCGCCGGUUCGCGCGCGCGCUGCUGCACGCCGCCUACACCGACCAGGUCGACCUCACGCUGAUCGGAAGGAACUCGUCGUCCCCGUCGGCCACGGGGAGCGGCGCCAACGGCGGCACACUCCGAGGAAACGGUCCGAGAGGCUCGUCUAUACAGAUGUUGGACGACGCGUUCCAGCUGUACGAGAUCGCGAGGUUCCUGGAGAUGCCGAUCGUGGCGCAGGGCUGCGAGGACGCGGCGGCGCGCGCGCUGUCGGCCGACACGCUGCCGCACGCGCUGCGCUGGGCCGCCGCGCCGCACGCCUCCGCCUGGCUGCACCGGCAGGCGAUGCGCUACCUGCGCGACGAGUUCCCGGCGGUGAUGGCGGCCAGCGCGGCGGCGCGCCUGCCGCACGGCGCGCUGUGCGCCGCGCUCGCCUCGCCCUUCCUGCAGGCCAGCGAGGCGCAGGCGCUGCGGGCGCUGCUGCGCUGGGCCGAGCGCGCCGCGCAGCCGCCGCGCACGAGUCAGCUGGCCAACGAGCCCAACCUGGUGUGGCACACGACGCACGCGCGGCGCGGCGCGCGCGGCCGGCGCGGCCCGCCCGACGCGGCGCUGCGCGAGGCGCUGCAGGACCUGCUGCCGCUGCUGCGCCUCGAGCACCUGCCGCCCGACUGCGACGUGCUGCAGCAGGCUGUCCGGCGCGGCAUCGUGUCGGCGCCGGCGCCGUCGGAGCGCGGCUCGGCGGACGCGUGGCUCGGCCGCGGCGCCUUCCGCCCUCCGCGCUGCUUCCUGCCCUACCUCGAUGAGAUCAAGGCGCUGCUGGAGGAUCAGGCGCUGCCCGAGGCCGAGCUGGCGCGCGCGCGGCUGCGGCUGGCGCAGCGCAUCCCCGACACGCUGUACAUGGUGGCGGCGGCGCGGCGCCAGCACGACGCCGACGGCGCGCAGGGCGUGUCGGACGGCGCGCGCGCGUGCGUGUCGGCGCGCACGCUGGGCGCGCUGCGCGGCCGCGCCGCCGAGCUGCGCGCCGCCGCGCCCGCGCAGCGCGCGCUGCGCCUGCACGCGCCCGACGCCGCGCUCGUGCGCCGCCAGAUAGCGCUGCGCGCGGUGCGAGAGAUGUCGCUGCCGGACUCGUGCGCGGAGCUGCUGCUGAGCGAGCCGGACGCGCCCGAGGACAGGGAGGGGGGCGGAGAGUGGGAGGGGCGAGCCAACACGUCCGCCUCGCGCAGCGACAUCGUCGACGACUGCUGCAGAUCCGGUUCGGGAUCGUUGCGCUGCGCUUCCGGAGGAGCCUCGACGAACGCUUCGCUUGAUAACCAACGCGCUGGAACCUGUCGACGGGAACUCCCGGCGCGGCCGCUGGAAACCCACCACAGGAGCGGCAGCUGGAGCCGCGCGCGCCUGUCGGCCGCCGUGCCGGACGUGGCGAUGGCGCCCAACGCCAACACGCACCUGCUCACGGCGCGCGACUACCCGCAUCCGCAUCCGCACCCGCACCCGCACCCCGCGCACCCGCACCCGCACCCGCACCCGCACCCGCACCCGGCGCACCAGGCGCUGCACGGGGCAGAACUGGUGGGAGUGCUGCAGCUGGACCUCGGCGACGGCGCCACGCACACGCCCAGGCCGGGGUCCCGCGCGCAGCGAGCCGCCCGCCAGCACCGCGAGCACUCGCAGGGCGGCUGCGCGCGGCGCGACUCGGACGAGCUGCGCGCGGCCAUCGAGCUGUCCGUCAUGCGAGCGUACUCGUCGCUGCAAGUGGCGCGCCGCGGGCCGCCGCAGGUGGCCGACCUGCUCCCGCCGCCAGACUUCGCGGCCGGCCGGAGCCGCGCCUCCCCCAGCCCCUCCGCGCUGUCGGCCCCCGCGAGCGCCCGCGCGACCGCAACGAGUAGCUCGGACGGCAGGCGCGGGUGCUCGGCCCCGGGACCGAGUGGGGUCGGUCCGGGCGGGUCGGGCGGGACGGCCGGGACGGUCGGCGGGUCGGGCGGGACGCUGAGUGCGGCCCGGAGCAGCGCGAGUCGCAGUCCGAGUCCGAGGCGGAGCCCCUAUCCCUUGUACACGCUGUACGCACAGCGGGACUACAGCCGGUCGGAGAGCUACGGGCGGUCGGGGCGGAGCCGCGGACACAGCCCUGCGUACGCGUGACCACCGACCUCGCACGAUGGAGUCUAACAGGACAGACUGACCGAUCGGUGUAACGAGCUGUCCCGCGUCCCUCGUAGCGUUACGUCAAUGAUCUCACCGUCGCGUGUUGGUGCGUGAGCGGCCGCACCGACACCGACACCGACAACACCGACAACAACGAAUACUCGAUAUCGUCGCAGGUUAACGAGCGAUCCCGCAGCCCGGCGGGCAGGCCGCCUGCCUCGGCGGACCAGUGCCUACAAGCUAACGGACGAGUUUUAGCUAACUUUGAACUUUGAGUGUAUAGUGGAAAGUGUAUUCAGUGAACAUAUGUUGGGGUAACUGUUCGUUGCAAGCUUUUAUUGAACUUGUGUUGUAUAGGGUGUUUUUAAAUUAAUUCAUUUACAGUUUGAGUCACAUGAACUUCUAAUACUUAUAAAAUAUUUUGGUUUCUGUUCGAAGAAUUCCACUUUUAGUCGGUAGUUAAGCCGAGCGGUUUCAAUGUUAAAGCCCCGUGAGUUAUAGAGUUAUAUAGUCUGAACCUUGUUCAACCAAUGGACUGAUGAUGAAUCUAACACCAAAAUGAACUGCUAUAGACUAAGAGCCGAACUAAGGAACGCUACCAAAGCGCCACUUGCCGCGUGUAAUUUAAACCAUCCAUGGUUACAUCUCUAAACAUAAUACUAGAAAACCCGUGACAAUUGCUCCAAGAACUUUUGCUUUGAGUAAGAACUUUCUAGAAAAUAUUAAAAGCUAUAUGAAAUCGGUAAACACGUUACCAAGUUACCAUAAUAUAUAAUACCAUAACUUGGUAACUAUCUUGGUAUCUCUUGAGGUAUAGGGAUUCAUUUUUGAUAUAUAGACAGGCCCUCGCUCGAGUGUCCCUUCUUCGAUAAAUAUUUUUAGACCUUCUAAGGUGCCUCACCGCCCGGCUGUUUUCACAUGCCGGAGUUAACAUCUCAAGUUAUAAUCAUUCAGAACUUUACGUGCGUACGCGUUGGGUCUCCACUGUUUCACUCAUCGGGUAUAAAAGUUAGUUUCAAGAUUAUUCGAAAUUCCCUUGAAUAGUGUCAGGUUUUAUGAUUUUAUUGUCUAUACAUAUUCUGUAACCAGUUGAACCUCGAGAGUUAAAUACAAAAUAUUCUUACGUCCGACUCGGGACUUAAACUAUCUCCGUACGAAGUUUCAUCUAUAUCGGUCCAUCAGUUUAAGUGUGAAGAGGUAACAGACAGACUUUUGCAUUUAUGAUAGUAGUUUAGAUAUGGAUUCGUCGGUGCGUGUGUGUGCCAGUGACUGGCAAAACGGCUGGACCCGUUUUGAUGAUGUUUGUGUGCUUUUGAUCGUCCGGGACGAUUAGAUUCGACCCAAUGUAUGAUACGAAUUUAACAUUUGAGGACUAAUUUGAGGAUAUUUUGAUUCUAUAGAAGCCUAAAUAGUAUUCAUUCAAGUGGAUUCUUAUGAGAUUCAACUGUAACACGGUCCACGGUCCUGUAAGUAGAUUCUACUGUAAAUAACCGUCAAGAAACUACGGUAAUCGGUUACCCCAA